AUGGAGAAAGGAAAACUUUUGAACAUUUUGGAAAGGGAACUGAAGGAAUAUGGAGAUGAAGAGAUGCUGGUGUUAUACCACCAGUUUUACAAGUCCGCGGAGGCGAACGAAAGGGACAUUGCGGAAAAAGUAUUCAGAGAGUUGAUUCACCAGAUGAAGAACUUCUUCGUCAUUUACGAUAAAAGGAGCAAGGGAGACCUCAUCGAGAAGGUGAAAAACUCUUUCAAGGAGGAGAGCAACGAAGUGAAUAUAAUAGAUGUGCAGAGGGCGGACGGCGGCGAUAAGGAUGGCUCGGGGGAGAUCUAUACAAAUCAAGCCAGUCACACGGACGGAGCCAGUCACACAGAUGAAGCUAGCCGCACAGAUGAAGCUAGCCACGCAGAUGAAGUAAGUCAUACGAACGAAGGCAAUUACACAAAUGAGGACAACCACACAAAUGAGGACAACCACACAAAUGAGGACAACCACACAAACGAUGACAACCACACAAACGAUAGCACCAUGGACGAGAGUGACGACCAGGGAGAGAAGAACCACAACAGGAAGAAAGAACCCACAGAGGAAACCCUUCCCAAAUUCAGAAGCCACUACUCCUUUCUAAAUUCUAAUAUGUUUGAAAAUGUAAACAUGGACGAACAAGAGUGUGAAGUAGACAUUUAUGAUUUGUACAAAAUGGGCAUGAAAAUAAUAGCACAGGAAGAAGAGGAGAAAAUAAAUGAACACGAUUUUUAUGACACGUUCCAAUAUUUCCUGAACUUAUUAUGUCUGUUAUAUUUUUUAAAAAAUAUUUACUUCGAUUUGAACUACAAGACGAAUGAGAAUUCAUACUCAUUUUUAUUCAAAGGGUUUGAAGAGAGGAAAAACAAAGUGAUAAACUAUUUUUCUUUUUUAAAAAAAAUACGACUAGAUAAAUUAUUGGACAAUGAAGUGGUGAAAAUAUUUUGUAACUUCUUUCAGUACACUUAUAUUAAUGACUAUCUAAUCAGAAAUAUUUUUGACACAUCAAUGAAUACUUUCCUCUUCACCGCUGUGGUGAAUUUUAGGAAUAAGUAUGUAGUACAUGAUGAGGAAGGCACAAGGAGAAACCUUCCUCUGGGGAAGGAGGACGUCAAUAUACAAAUCCAUUUAAGUAAAGGUGGAGUCAUAUCUUCAGACGAACUACCAGUGAAUGUUAGCGGGGUGAACAACACCUCGAUCGGAGAAAAUUCCACUGCAGAUUUAUCGGCAAUAAAUGUGAAUAUAUCGAAUAGUGAGAAUAACCCAUUUGAAGAAAGUGCUGAUCAGAGCGAUAGGAACAAUGCUAUUCCAGUAGGAAUAACCCCAAUGGAAGGAAAAAUAAAAGAAGAAUACAACAUGAAGGAAUUGAAACAAAACAAUUAUUACACAAAUGAAGAUACGACAAACAAAAGGAAUCAGGAAGAUUAUUUAAACAAAGAAUUAAACAAUUUUUUUAUAUCAAAUAAUACCUUUCCCAAAGGAAGUAGAAAUUCCUUUGUAGAAAUUAUUUACCAAAAUGAAGUUCAUCAUGAUAUUUACGCAGACGAAACUAUCAAUGCUUUAUUUUAUUUUUUUAAUAAUCCAUAUUUAAUUUUCUCCUUCCAUAAAAAUGUUCUAUAUUAUAUUGAAAAAAAAAGCAAAGACAAGGAUUUUUUUCAACUACACAGAAAUGCCCAUGCCUUCAUUAAAUAUCUCAAUUAUUCUGUAACCACUAUGUCAAAAAUCUUCCACAUUUUUAUCACUGCUGGAUUGUUUUUUAAUCAUAACAUUUUCGAACAAGAAAAAAAUAAAUAUUUAAAUUUUUGUAAUUUACUCAAUUUUGAUAAUGUUUCUUUAGACCAAGCGGAUAAUAAUGAGGGUGAAUGUUUUCGAGCCAAGUACAGUGGUACCAUGAGGAGCUCUUCUAGCUGGGCUGAUGACCGAGGGAGGAAGAAAAAAAGGAGAAGUUUCUCAGAAAGCAGUAACACUAAUACACUUGCGGAUAGCGGGUCUGAUGUGGGAUCCACGGAGAGGAGCGUCGGAAGAAAGUACAGAGGUAGGACCAGUUGCUCUUCUUCUGCCACCGCGGCAAGCGCAACUGACAGGACGGGCAAUGUCAAAGUACAAGAUUUUAACAUUGUCAAAUAUUUGAUGAAAUACAGAAACGUAGUUGGAAACUUCUGUCAAGACGACUUCAACCGUAAGGAUAGCUUCGAAAGUGACGGAGAGAUGAAGGAUGUAGUGGAGUCGACCACAAAUCAGGAGGGGGCCAAGUGGGGCAUGCGGUUCGACACAGACGGAAGAAAGGAAGGACGAGCACACCAUAGGGGAAGCUACAGUGAAGACAGUCUCAGCGAAAGUGGAAGUGGGAGAAGUUCCUCCAAUGGAGAGGAAAGCAGGUACCAGGAGAGCACGUACGAAGACAGCGAUAAUCUAAGCAAUAGCGACAAUGCCCACAGCGAUUCUGGAAAUCGUAGCAGCGAAGGAGGCGUUGACAGUCGGGGGAAUCCCCCAAUCAGCGAUGAAGAACGUAGUGAUAGUCAAUACAGUGAUGAUCGUCCCAAACGGGAAAGGAAAAAAACAAAGUCUAAAGGAUCAUCAAACCGAUUCAUCACGAAGGACGGCAUAUAUCAACACGAGUACACGAACAAAAAUAUAUUUAACGAUAUUUUGAAGAAAGCAAAAAAAAAAAAGAAGUUCUACCAAGUUAUAAGCAACAUAAACAAGCUGAAAAAUGCAUUCGACGUUAACAAAAUUAAUAAGAACAAAAUGAUCAGUUUGGAUUAUGUAGAAAAUGUCGAUACCAUAUCGUACUUCAUCAGUUUAUACAACUCGGACAAUAUCUUUCAGUUCGAUUAUUAUUUUUUAAAAUUUAUUACGGAGAUAGCCACCACGUAUAAUAACUACAUGAAGGCAUAUUUAAUUCCUUCGCAGAGGAACGCAAGGUAUAAGAAAGACGAGUUGGAGAAGAUGGCAGAUCAGAUGGAAUAUUUCCUCAAGGAAAUUACCAAAUUGAUAUAUGUCUACACGUGGUGUAUUCUGCACAUAUUUGGGCAUUCCUACUCAUAUGUGAAGUACGCAAAAUAUUUUUACCAGAAGAAGUCCUUCUUCGUUUUGGAAAACAAGAAACAAUGGUUGUUUAAAAAUUUCAGUUAUUUUGCAGGCGAAUCGGGAACCCCUUUCCACGACGGUCGUGACGCAGAUAAAGGGGAAGAUGGUGCUGCGAAGCAUGACAGUUUGGGUAGCGGCAUAAACAUGGAAAGCUGCCCGAACGUGGAAAAGGGCCCCAAUAGGGAAGUCCACAUUAACCACUUCUUUACCCCGCACCACGUGGUUGAAAACCUCAAGUACAAUUAUGAGCUAAAGAAGAACAUGAACCUAUUUGACAAUUUCAAUUGCGCCGACCUGAUACAGAUUUACAAAAACUCCUACUUCCAGAACAUUGUGGAUAAGCUGCACCUAAAUUUGAAGUUCAUAGAGAACAUUCACUUCACUCUGAACAACGCACUGAAAAUAAAAAAAAAAAAAAAAAAAUUCCUUCAGUAUCUCUGUGUAAAGGAUCAGAAGUUGGAAGACAUAUGUAAUUCCAUAGACAAUUUAAAAAGAAAUAUAAGCAAGUAUAAGAGGACCUUUCAUUACUGCUUAAAUUUUAAUAACAUAAAAAAUGUCAUCCUCCUUACUUUGGAAGAAAUGAGCAUGAAUUCUGAUAAACUCGAACUGAACAAAAUGCUCAAUGAAUACCUUAACAAGUUAGAAAGUCGGGGACAGAUAAAAAAAAGGCAAAAAAAAAUUAACGUGAAAAUUAUUGACAAUAACAUCGUUCUUGACACGAAUCCCAGGAGGAAAAGAAGAAGACACGAUGAGGACAGAAGCUACAGAAAAUAUAGUUCAAAUGAUCAUAUGGAUAAAAAGGCUGGAAAGAAAAAGGGGAAAAACUCCAGUGGUCGAAAUAGCAGUCUUUCAAGUUCGUUUCUUCAAAUUCCAAAUGGAAGGAGCAGCAAGAUGAAAGAAACGGCUAUGAGUCCAAACGACACCCAUAUCGAAAGCAAUACUGUUGUAAAGAAAGGGCGUAGGAAGGAUAAUAACGAAUUAAACAUUUUUACUGACAAUGAGAGCUAUUAUCAUGGAGGGGAACUGAAUCAAAGUUGUACGAAGAGUGAUUACAGCUCGAGACACGCAAAUAAUGAUAGUCAUCGCGGGGCGCAUGGGUACAGGGCGCACAGACGUUCCGCAAAAGACGCCACGCACGAAAGGGGGAGCAGGAGUCCCUACUACGACAGCACCAUAAGCACGAGUAGUAGCGGAAGUAACAGAAGAAGUGUAAAAAGCAAAAGUAGCGAUAGCGGCAGUGGUAGCAGUGAUAGUUGCUUGCGGAGUGGUCGCGCGAGGCGAGAGCAAAAGAACCUACACAGAAAAGUGACGCGGAGAUCUGAUAAGGGAAUGACCGUGGGGGGAAAAAACAACUCAAAUGAAGAGAACCAAUCGGGUGAAAACAUUCUGAUGACGAACGAGUACAACACAGAAAGACUGGUUUUCUUUUUCAAUUUGUUAAACGGAAAUAACUUGUUCUACUACUUAGCACUUCACUAUCUAGUAAAGAAUGAAAAAAUCAUGGACAUCCUGCAUUUUUUCCCUCUGAAAUAUCUCCUGGAUUUGCUUAUCCUCUACGAUUUGAAGGACUAUAUAAAGUUCAAAACGAUUAUCAGGGUAUUUAGAAUUAUAUAUGAAUUUAAAGAUUUUUCUCCCACAAUUGAAAACCAUCUGUUUUUUAAUCGAAAGAAUUACCAUCUGGAAAAUGCGGAUUUUAUGAAUUUCGAUUUUGUGUGUAAAUUUUUAACCAUCAGUAAGAAGGACCUCAUGGUAAAAAAUCCAAGCGUUAAUAAUAAGACAUACAAGGAGCAUAGCUAUGGUGGUAUAUUCCUACCGCCCAGUGUGAUGAAGACAAAUCGGAAGAAAAAUUACUCCAUAGAGGAAGGGAAAUAUUCCUUUUCCGAUGGGGAGAGAACACAACAGAGAAGAUCAUCAGUUAGGAAAAGAGAAAUACAAGGAACUGUUAGAGAUAACCUUUUGCAUUGUGUAAGAAACACUUUCUCCGUUCUUAGCCUGAGGAACACAGUUAGAAGCUUUCCAACAUUGAUGAAAAAUUUAUUAAACAGAAUUUUAAUAAGUCUAAUAGGAAAAUAUAGCUACCUAAGCAAUAACGAAAAUGAAAAGGAACAUAAAAGUAUAACGUUUUAUGCCCUCCGAUUUAUCUUCAACAAUUUAAAGAAUAUAACACUUGGAUAUAGCAAAUCGUCUUUCUUCAGUUAUACCAUAAAUGACCCUACAGAACUUUAUAACAUGAGCAUCCACAAUUUUAUCCUUUAUCAUAUUUACGACUUGGCUGUACGAACGAAGGAGUUGACUAUCAAAAGCUCCUGCUUCAAAUUGUUGAAAUAUUUGUUAACAGAAUAUUAUUACUACCCAGAUGUUUUCAACGAAAAGGCACAUGAAUUAAUCAAUUCAGAUAUCAAACUUAAUAAUUUAUUUGUAAAGAAUGUCAUUCUCGAUUUUGUCUCCUUCAACAUUAUGAUAUGUCACUUACAGAAAGAACUAACAUCAGAUGUUAACGUUAUGAACCAUCUGGAUCUUUUCAAUUAUUCCAUUAAAUCCAUUGCCAACUAUUUAAUAGGGUAUAAAAAUAACUCCAUUUUUUUUCUCAUGGAUAAGAAGAUGGUGAAGUCCCUACUUAUCAAGUUAACCUUUAUGAUGCCAUUUAUUUAUAAGUUAAAAAUUCCUGCAUGUGUUGUUAGACUUUAUAUUAGAGUUAUCAAAUCUUUGGACAAAGAUAUUCUAGACAUGAUACACAAUUCUAAUAAGAUAGAACUUAUAUACGAUAGCUUGUUCUACAUCAUCAUACGCCAUUUUAUUUACUUUUUUUUAAAUAUGAAUAUUGAAUUAGAUGAGGAGGCCUCCAACAUUUUGCCUUCCACUUAUAACAGCGGCUUUUCCAGGAAUUCCUGGCACGGCGGUAGCCAGAUUAAGGUAACCAACGAGGGGGAGCAGCCAAAGGAUGGUCAACCAAGCGAAAAAAAAAGCGAUGGUGGUGAUUUUUUCGACAAUUUGGAUGAAGAAGAUGAAGGUAAGGAACACGGGGAGAGAGCAGAGUCACCCCAGGGGAAUAAGAGGUACCUCACCGUGGAGGACGCCUACGGUGAACAGGAGCAGGAGCAGGAACACUCUAGCGACAGCGACCAUUCGAGCUCGGGGGCCUCUGGUGGAGCGGAAGGUAGCGCGAGCGGGAGCGCCACCGUCAGUGGUGAUGGCAGUGGUAGUAACACUGAUGGAAGUGUCCCGAGCGAUAGCGAUGGGGAGGACCGCGGAAAGGCUUUGCACUGCACCGUCGAAGGGAUGGAAAACGUAUCCAAAGCAAACAGCAUGUCAGAUGUCCAGUACCUCCGAAAAAUCAUAAGCGAAAACGGAAGCUUCAACUUGGAAAAUAACUACUUUGUUAAUUACUCCCUAUACAUCCUUCACAAGGAGCACUAUUCUAUAUACGUUUUUUUUUCCUCCUUUUUUAAAAACGUGCUCAAGGAGUAUAGGGAGAUCUCGCGUGGGCACACAUGA